CUUUUAUUCUUACGUUUGGGCUUAACACGUUUUUCUAAAAAAUUUCAAAUUCCUUUUUCUUUUAAAUUUUCAAAAUUAUGGAGACCUACGGAAUGGCAGCACCAAUAAAUGACACUGCGAUCGAUUGCUACCAUCAGUAUGUCGCUCAGACCGGUUAUCGCUGCGAACUUCCCGAGGACGGGGACCACCUGAAGGCGUACUCCGAUUGUCCCGAGCCUGCCCAUUACAACAGGCUACACGAUUGGUAUCCCCACAGGUCGAGGAACUAUCAGGAUGAUUGUGCACCCUAUAGGGAUGCUAGCUACCGCUCCUCCAGACGGGAUGAUGUGAAUAACGGCCGAUACAGUUCCCGCAAUGGACUAUAUUAUCCUGCGGAAUUACGCAGAGGCGGAGGAGAUACAUUUAACUCGUUGCCAGCAGGUUUGGGCAGUUAUGAGCGCUCCAUGUGGCGACGGGGAUCACGAAAUCGCUGGUUCUAGUUAAAAAACAUAUUGAUUUGUGGAAAUCGGAAGUCAAUAUCACUCACGGAGAGUCGACUGCUAAAUGCGCCCGGACUCGCACCAGUGCUCUUCUAAAUCGUUGGAUCUUGAUGUUAAAUGUUCUACUCUUGAAUUUUUUUGGCAAAUGAAUCUAUAGUUGGAGCGUGUAUAAAAUAUGUAUACUGCACAUUGAAAGUCAAUACUACCUACCUACAACCCUAAUAUAUGUAUAUGACUAUUUGAAUAGCUCUGAAUAUUUCCAAGCUGAUAAUAAACAGAAAUCGUAUGAAGUA